AAGUCUUAAAAUUAUUAUUAUUGUCUUUUGUGUAGAUUAAACAAAUUUGACUUUGGGAAUUGGAAAACUUAGUGAUUUAAGAAUUGUAUUUACUUUUUUGGAUCAUAUGGUGAAAUUAUCUCAGGUAAUCAUAUGAAAUCUCUCGUAAGAGAUUUCAGGUAGAGUUCACCAUACUUUCCCUUCACACUCUGAAACUUGUGACACUUCUCUAACCAGACCUACUUUUGUUCUGGCAUUGACAGUUCUGGCACUGUAUGGUAGAUAUGUCUUAUUUAGACAGUUAGGCAAGAUAAUAUAAAAUACUACUAUUUGAAAUAAUCAUCUUAUUUGUAAAUUCAUUACAUGCUUUUGGGAUCCUCUUAAAUAACCUGUAGAAUGCCUUUAUUUAUUAUAAUUUCAUGUAUUGCAAAUUUUAUUUAAUGUUUUUUCACCUUUCAAACUUAAACAUUGCAAAUUUUAUAUUAUUUGAAUGACUAAAAAUCUAUUAUUUGUGAAGGACAAUUUCAUCAUAUGUAUGCUGCAUUUUCACCAUAUUCAUUCCUAUGUUCACUAUAUUCAUCAAGUUUCGGACAACAAAUUCAAGGCUGCAUACUGCUCCAUUACAUUCACACAAUCACAUUAUUGCAUACAAAUUCAUUUCAGUAUUAACAGGAAUGGCAUAGAAUUUGCACAAUUGGGUGUCAUGAUAUGUCCGACAAGGGAGAUGGUUUGGCCUGCCCCAAUGGAGUAGCAUAACUUGCCACUCCAUUGAUGGGAAAUUUCAUCAUGAAUACUGUGGAAGCACAUUUUUGUGGCAUAUCUUCACAAAGUAAUAUUUAUGGCCUGACAUCUUUGUAUACGGGUGAAAGUUCACAUAAAGUUUUAGUGGCUUCUUCUAAACGGACAAUAUACUGCAUAGAAUGUUCUAAAAAUCAACAAAAUGUCAUUUUUUCCACUCGUGAGGUUCAAUUUACUUAUAUUCCAGGAAAUGCAGAAAUCAUAUCCAUGGAUGCUUUUAAUCAAGCUUGCCAUAUACAUGAUUUUGUUGUAGGAAUUACAUUUGUUAAAUAUCCAAUACAAGAACAAGAAGACUUAGUUUUCCAGGAACAAGGUUUACAAGAAAGGGAUUACAGGAGACGUUCUGAGGGUGAUAGUUCUGGUAUGAAGAAAUAUUUUAACAUUUAUUCUGAUUGGGAGCCAAGCAAAGAAUGUGAUUUAGAUAAUAUUGCCCAGGGUUGUUUGAGUAUUUGCUUAGAAUUUGUACCUUUGCAUCUCACACACACUGAAAUUAUUGUGGAUGAUGUAAAGGAAGUAGUAUGGCUGUUAAGUGGAAAUGAUAAUAAAAUCCAUCUUUACAGAGAAGAUAAAACAAGGCAGACAUAUUAUGAGGAUCUAAGUACUACAUGCUUUCCUGAAUUUGCUUCUUUAGAUAGUUUAGUGAUAUGGAUGGAUUUUUUUACUACUUUUGAAUAUAGAAUAACUGCACUUGGGUGUAAACAUGGCUUUGUAAUAGUUUCUUCUGUAAAAUUACCAGAGACAACCUUGCAAGCUUCAUGGAAAAUACAGCAUGAUGGACCAGUUACUACAGUGAGACUCUUUCAAGAUUCAACUUUGGAAAGCAUCCAAAAUUGCUUUUUCAGUACAAACAAAAAAGAUGAUAAAAUACAUUUAUGUGUUGGUAAUGCUUUAGAAGUUUCAGUUGUUUACAGGGACAUUUUAAACCAUGGAUUAGAGUUAAAAAAUCAAGAACUUCUACCUGAAAGCUCUAUGUAUGACUGUGUUAUGUGUAGCUUGAUUGCAGAUAUAGACAUGGAUGGAAAGAAUGAAGUCUUACUGGGAACAUAUGGACAGCAACUUCUUGUUUAUAAAUGGAAGAUUGAAUCUGGUAAAACUGGAUCAUAUGAAUUAUAUCACAAACAAAUGUUCCCCCAUCCUUUAUUAGCAUUGAGUUAUAUGGACAUAAUAGGAGAUGGUGUGAAAGAAUUAUUGGUUCUUACAACUAAUGGUCUUCAUAUUUUACAACAUGAUCUAACGCAAGUCAGAGAUAUAUGUUUCGAAAGAAUGAAAUGGGUUCUACGCAACAUACCGGCUGAUAAACUGAAAAAAUCUUUAAAAAUUGAUUAAAAACAAUAUAAAUUUUUGUAUAUUAAAUAUGUGUUCUAGACCAGUGAUGUUAUAUUUUUAAUGUAUUUAUAUUUUUUCAUUCAAUUCCGUAAUAAAAAUUUUUGAAAUGUU